AUGCUGACACUGGCUAUCCUCCUCUGUCUGCCAAUCUUGACCGAGGCAUUCACCUCCUUCAAGACAAAUUGUACCCUCCCCUCGAACUCAGCUCAAGUCAAUUAUGUCUCUUCACCGGAUAUCCGCGGCACUCUAAAUAUUGCCUGGUCGUGUGUUUUUACUAUCAUCGCCUGUACCUGGACAGUGCAGAAUCCCAAUGCUCCUUGGCAGCGUGAGCAUUACAGCACAGGACGUAGGGGCUGGUGGAAAUGGACUAUGACGAAGUAUGCGGGCUUGGUCGGGUGGUUCUUUACUACUAUCGUUGCACCGGAAUGGCUUCUCAUGAAAUACCUCGGUGACUAUUUGGAAGCAAGAAAAUAUGUGAGGGACUGUCAGAAGUAUGCCGAGGAGGAUAAAGUCCAAUGGACAGCGAGUCACUACCACUUUGCCCGGAUGGGUGCGUUUGUGAUGAGGACGCAUAUCGAGAAUCGAAGGCCGCAAUCCUGUGAUCGAUCAGUCCAGACUGAGGCAACCGCCAGCGAGGGUGAUGUUGGUGGGAUCAGUCAGAAUCCGUCACCAUCUCCACCCCAGCAUGACGAAGGUGGACUUCCGUCUGUCCAAGACCCGCCACCCUUUCCCGCCCAAACUGGAAAGGAGAAGGUUCGGGGUCAGGCUAACCAGGAUAUUGACACCGAAAAAGGCCGCGGAACCCAUGGCCAGACAACAGAAAAACCAAAUCCCUACUUCUUACAACCAUAUGACAUCUUGACCCUCCGUCAGAAAGGAGUCCUAACCCAUCUUCCUCGUAUCACGCAGCAGGAAAUCCAAGAUCGAUCUAAAGCGGAUGGGUUGAUGCGAGCCAUCACCGUGGCCCAAAUUCUCUGGCUGUGCAUACAGGUCAUUGGCCGUGCUGCGGAGGACCUAUCAGUGACCCAGCUGGAGCUCGCGACUGUCGCAUUUGCCAUAUGUGCUGUAUUUAUGUACGUAUUCAGCUGGGAUAAGACGAAAGGAGUGCAAAUUCCCGUCACCAUCUUGCAGGUUCACGACGACGGCGAGGAAGUACAUGCGCUGCUGAAAAAAGAGGUAAAGGAAGAUGAUCCUCUCAGCCACCCAGAUCAGCAAGAGCGAGAGAGGAACCUAGGUUGGAUUGUACCAAACAGCCUCUCCAGCCACUGGGGUCUCGUUAUUGUCGGCAUCGUAUUUGGGACCGUUCAUCUCGCCGCGUGGAACCUCACUUUUCCCACUCAGAUUGAACGGGUUCUCUGGAGAGCGGCAUCCAUCUAUUGCAGUGGCUUCCCACCUUGCUUCGUCUUCUUGAACUAUCUGAGCAUGGCCUUACUCUUUUUCGAAAUUAAGGCCAUAAACAAAGGUCACUCUCGCACUGUAAAGACCCUUUUCUUGCUUGUUCUUCUGACAAACUUGGUGCAUUGCUUAUCUACACUUGCAUAUGUUGUGGCAAGGCUGUAUCUCCUAGUGGAGAUGUUCAGAACUCUGGCUUACCAGCCCUCUGACGCAUACAUGGGAACCUGGGCCGUGAACAUACCAUAUAUCAGCUAG